AUUUAUAAACCUUUUCCGGCAAGUUAAUACCGGAAUAACCCGUAACAAAAAUAUAUGUACAAAAAAAGUCCAUGAAGGUAAUCCGGUUCCGGUGGUUCCAUUCAACGACGUAGACAUGAAUCGUGUACCGCCUCCGUCGUUUCCACCGCCGGAAAACGUGUUCUCGUCAAUAGCAGAGGAAUCGGAGUCCCCGGCGCAGAAGAAACUUAAGAUCGACGAAGAAGAUGGGGAUUCCGUUGUUAGCGAUACUUCCAGUGAAGAUAGCAUGGUUUUCAGCGAUGAAGUGAAUGAUACCUCCAGUCCCAUAAGACCGACUUAUAGCCAGUAUGAUUCAGACGAAGACUUUUGCCCAUACUACCCCCAGAAAAUGGAUAAAGCUGUUUGGGAGAAGUAUUACCAACAGGUUAAGGAGAGCGAGGGAUUUGACAUCACAGAUUAUCCCGGACAAUGUGCGAUGACAACUGUCUACCCAAUGCCAUUCUACUUGAACGACCCUAAGAAUGUUGACAUGAUGACGGAUUAUGCUGGAAAAGCACUUAGGCUAUACAAUGAUGAAAAGGGCACCAAUUACGAGGUCAAUGACAUUUUGACGGUGAAUGGAGGUGGUUGUUGUGACUUCAUCUUCUAUAUUACCUUUUCCGUUAAAACAAGUGAUGAUAAGGAUGACAUUUUUCAAGCAAAAGUUGUGAAAGAUUUAAGAUACCGCUUGCAGUUUCCGUUGGUCAGGCCAAAGCCGAAGAAAGCUUCAAAUAUGCAGUGAUUGAAGAAUGUGCUCCGAAGUCUCCUUUUGGUAUAUUCAGCUUUGAACAUCGUCAACAAUUUUCUUGUCGCUAUCACUAGGCAAGAUUACUUACGGCUUUAUUUUAUUUAAACGCUCCUGUGCAGGACACAUUAAUGUAUAAUUAACUUUUAACUGUGCAUACUUCAAUGAAGAGAAAAACACUUAG